UCGUGGAGGAGGUUGUGAAUAAUUACAGAUGAAUACAUACUUGUAACAGUCAAACUGUAAUGACAGAUCCAACUUACUGAGACAUAAAGUUGAGAACGACACUGAACUACGCAUUCACGAAUAAUUGAUAUCAUAAUGCGCACGAAGGGGACGCGCGCUGAGGAAACCGUCGGAGUAGCUUCCGAACGUGAGAGCAGGUGGUUCAGUUAUGGGAAAACAGGCCUCUAUGGAUAUUCAACGAGAGAUGUAGAUUUAAACAAUUUGUACGCUUGGAAUUACAACCUACUGAAGUUUAUGGGUAUCUGGCCGGAAGAGAGGAAAUGGAACCGAUCUUCCAGUUACCUUGUUCUAUUACCGUGUACCAUAAUGCUGUGCUUCGCAUGUGCUCCACAAACAAUUAACCUUCCGAUGAUCGCCGGUGACUCUGAUCUGGUGAUCGAGAAUCUAUCCAUUAAUAUUACCGUCAUGGUUUCCCUUAUAAAGACUCUGACUGUUUGGAUCAACGGCAUACGUAAGCAUUUCAGAAAAUUACACAACAACAAAUUAAACAACAAAUAUAGAUUUGUUUCCCUUUUUAACUAAAAAUACUGCCAAAUAUGCAGCUUAUAAAUCUCAUUGCAUUGUUAUAUUUUAUCAUAUUUUCUUAUCUAUUUACGUUAUAUUUUAAAAUAUUCUUUAAUCUUAUUCUAAUUGUUACACAAAAAGAUCUAUUAAGACGUAUUCUAUCUGAAAUUUCCUCCUGUUCCAAGCGUUAAAGUCUCUGCUAGGAUAUAUGGCCAAUGACUGGGACGCAGUGACGAAUAAUAUCGAACGAGAAACAAUGGUGAACACCGCGAGGAUCACUAGAAAAAUUACAAUAGGAAGCACAUUGAUGGUUAACGUCGUAAUUAUCGCUUUUGUGCCUGCACGAUUGUCUAGCAUGAAAAAUA